AUGGAUAUGGUAAAUGAAAAUCCUGAAUAUAUUUUUGCUGAAGACAUUGAUAGUCUGUCUUUCAAUCCUCAUCAAAUUUUUAGUGAUCGAGGAACUCAAGAACGAGGCGAAAACGCCCGUUUGUCGUCCUUUGUUGGCGCUAUUGCAGUCGGCGAUUUGGUAAAAAGCACUUUGGGACCAAAGGGAAUGGAUAAAAUUCUUCAGUCUGGCACUUCCGGAGAUAUUAUAGUUACCAAUGAUGGCGCAACCAUCUUAAAAGCAAUUGCUUUGGAUAAUGCUGCCGCGAAGGUUUUAGUAAAUAUUUCGAAGGUUCAAGAUGAUGAGGUUGGUGAUGGCACUACUAGUGUCUGUGUUUUCGCUGCUGAGCUUCUUCGUCAAGCCGAAAUCUUGGUAAAUUCUAAGAUUCAUCCCCAAGUAAUUAUUGACGGAUUUCGUAUUGGUGCUAAGAAGGCUAUUGAGGCUCUCCAAGCAUCUGCAGUAGACAAUUCAAAGGAUCCCGAGUUGUUUCGCAAAGAUUUAGAAAAUAUUGCCAGAACUACAUUAUCGUCAAAAAUCCUUUCUCAGAGUAAGAAUCACUUUGCAAAACUAGCAGUCGAUGCUGUUCUUCGGUUGAAACAAAACAUUAAUUUGGAUAACAUUCAAAUCAUUAAAAUCCUUGGUGGUAAAAUGGAAGACUCUUUCUUGGAUGAAGGCUUCAUUCUCAACAAAAGUAUAGGCGUAAACUGCCCCAAAGUUAUGGAGGAUGCCAAUAUACUCAUUGCAAACACCCCGAUGGAUACCGACAAAGUCAAAGUUUUCGGCGCUAGACUUCGCGUUGACACCACUGGAAAACUUGCUGAAUUAGAGCGUGCUGAGCGUGAGAAGAUGAAGGAUAAGGUUGAAAGAAUUAAGACUCAUAAUAUUAAUUGUUUCAUCAACCGCCAGCUCAUCUAUAAUUGGCCUGAACAGCUUUUUGCUGACGCCGGAAUUAUGUCUAUUGAACACGCUGACUUUGACGGUAUAGAACGUCUAUCGUUAGUGACUGGUGGUGAAAUUGCUUCAACUUUUGAGCAUCCUGAGCUUGUCAAGCUUGGUCAUUGUAAACGAAUUGAAGAAGUUAUCAUCGGUGAAGACAAAAUGAUCAAAUUCUCUGGUGUUGAUGCCGGUGAAGCAUGUACCAUCGUCCUGCGUGGUGCUACUAACCAGCUUCUCGAUGAAGCUGAACGUGCCGUUCAUGAUGCUCUUGCCGUUCUCUCGCAAACUAUUACGGAAUCUAGAGUAACCUUGGGUGGUGGUAGUGCCGAGAUGCUAAUGGCUCGUGCUGUUGAAGAGGCAGCAACUCAUGAACCUGGUAAGCGUGCUAUUGCGGUUUCCGCUUUUGCUAAAGCUCUUACUCAACUUCCAACCAUUUUGGCGGAUAAUGCAGGUUAUGAUUCCAGUGAACUAGUAGCACAACUGAAGGCUGCUCACUAUGACGGUAAAACCACAAUGGGUCUUGAUAUGGACAAGGGAGAAAUUGCUGAUAUGAGCGAAAAGGGAAUUUUAGAAUCCUUGAAGUUGAAGCAAGCCGUCGUUUCCAGUGGUAGUGAGGGAGCUCAACUUUUACUUCGUGUUGACACAAUUUUGAGAGCUGCUCCUAGAGCUCGUGAAAGGAUGUGA